ACGACUAUACUUUUCAAAAUCAAACGUAACCAGGUGUUUGUAAAAAUGCCCCAAAGAAAAAAUUCCAAUAAAAAAGGCCCAUCAACAUCAGGCGUUGUUACCCUCCGAAGAUCACCAAGAUUUCUUCAGAUGGUACUCUUUAAUCCUGAAAACCCGAUAACCUCUGACCCGGAACCACCAAAUGCUGAAACGUUGUCUCGUACCUCAAAUCAGAAAAGCAGGGAAUUGGAGAGGCGGGUAACACGUAGUACUAGUGGAUUUAUUGGAAAUCCGAGCAAUGGUGGUUCAUCUAGUGAACAGAUAACCGAAGAGGGCAUGAAUAAAUCUAAAAGGUCUAAAGGCCGGCUGCGACAGAAUACGGUAAAAAAGAGUAAGAAAAGUAGGGACGAUAAAGUUGAUGAUAUAAUACACGAAGGGGGUUUGUUGAUAACUGAAAAGCAGGUUUUGGAUGAAGAGUUAUUAGAAAAAUAUGUAAAUAAGUGUAUGAGUGAAGUUGAUGUUAACACUGCUGCAGUAGUACAUGAGGGGCCGGUAAACGUGAUGGAUGUUAACAAAAUGAUAAAGAGUGCCGGGGUUAAAAGAACACGAAAUGAGUUUGAGAAUAGCAUGGGGUUGGCUCAAGAUUGGACUAAAGAGCAGGAACUGGCGCUAGAGAGAGCUUACCAAGAAGCAAAGCCCACCCCACGGUUUUGGAAGAAAGUUUCUAGGAUGGUGCCUGGAAAAUCUGCACAGGAAUGUUUUGACAAAGUACACUGUAGUCAUUUAACACCACCACAACCUCGUAUGCGUGCUAGGCCUCGAGUAUUAAAAAGUUUACAGAACUCUUGUCUUGUUGCAAAUAAGUUGCUGAAUGCAUCAAGUCCUGCAGCUAAAAGGCCUAGAUACCAUAAGCAGAAGAGUCAUGUAGUUCAGAGAACCAUAAGACAUAUGAUACAAAAUCAGUAUAAGGUGGUACAGGAAUCUGCGGCUGAUCUGUUUUCAGUUUUGGAGCCCGCAUUCGCCGAAUCUGUAAAUGGUAAUCGGAUGUUUACCACACCUGAUCGUAACCCGAACGAAGUACUCAAAAGGUGUCAAGAAAGAUCUUCCACAGCCCAUAAAAAGAGUGUUUCAAAAUUUAGUAGUUUAGACAAUGCCACACUGGCGAGUCCUCCUGUUCUAAAACCGGUUAAAAACAAAGCGUUGCAUGAGAAAUAUAUCGACCAGUUGAACUGCAGAGAAGCUAAGAGGAAGGCAGCGAAUGAAAAGGCGGAAAAGCUCGAUAAAAGUAAAGGGAUGAAGCAAGAGAGCUCUGCAGAGAGAAAGAUUGCAAUAAAAACAGCAAAAAAUGCUUUGGUUUUUAGUGCAAGAGAUGCUAUUAAUGAGUUCCAGCAUCAACAGGCGACAGCUUUGAACGAUUUUUUUGAUUAUGAGAGUGGUACAGAUUCUGACAAGGACGACAGUGAGGUUUUUUUAUGACUGCUACUGUCCAGAUUACAGCUGAGUUUUGUUCUUUUCAAGUUAGUUCUUGUUUACAUUGCUUAAUAUCUGAAACAAGAUUUUAACUGUGCAUAAUCGAGUUUAAAUAAGUGAUCAA